AUGGUGCACAAUAUUCUCCUUACUGGUGCCGCUGGCUACAUCGGCGGAACUAUCCUCACAGAUCUCUUGAAUCGUCAAGACGGGCCCGUGACGACAGCAAAACUCUUUGCCGCAGUUCGCACACAGGAGCAAGUCGAACUCAUGUCGAAGCUCGCAGGUGUAUCUGUGGCCCAGGUCGACCUGCUGAGAAAAGACGCUGUGGAAGACUAUGUACAUCGUCACGAGAUUGACUUCAUCGUGAACCUGGCGCCAUCUUUUGACCUGGUUGUUGUAUCGAACCUCCUCAGCGCCCUUGGAAAGCGCCGCCAAGACGGAGCGAAUGACUUACGCUUGAUCAAUAGCUCGGUAACCGCAGCCUUUUCAAAGGAAAACGGCUGGCCGUUCGGUGAGAUAAGCGACACAGGGCCAGUUCUUGCCAAAGAGAAAGAAAUCGGAGACCAGCAUCCUGUUCGAGUGGCAGACAUCAUGGUUGCUGAAAAGGGGAAGGAACUGGGAGUCAAGACGUACAUUGUCGUCAUCCCAAACGUAUAUCGAUCACUGAAGCUAAUGGUGAACGGCAGAUGGGAGAGCAUCAGGAACAAGAUUGUCAACAAGUUUGACCAAGACGGGCAUCCUGCGGCCGCUCACGUCACUGACCUUGCAGCGCUCUACGUUCUGCUGAUCGAAAAGAUAUUGCAAGGAGAUCCGAUCCCGAGCGACGAAGUGGGUAUUUACUUCGGCGUUGCAUAUACAAUGUCUUGGUGGAAGGUCAUGUCAGCCAUUGCCAGAGCUCUUCACUCUCGUGGGCUAGUAAAAGACCUGGAGCCACAGUUUUGGCCGAGUUAUGAUGCGGCAGCGGAUGAGCUGGGAUGGCCACGAGCAUACACUCGAGGUAUGGGAGCCUCCAGCCCACAACUCAUUCCAUGCAAUGCGUACAAGAUUGGUUGGAAACCCGAGUGGGAUGAGAGUAGGUUCAUGGAGAGCACAACCGAUGAGGUUCAGGAUGCUCUGGAUCUAGACACAGGCACCACAUCUCUCUACGAUAGUAUAAAAGCUUCUAAGUAUUGA